UUUUCUUUAGAUACACCCAUAGAUGGCGCGCUGAAAGUGAAAGAAGAACAAGAUGUGAAUGGAUCAAAACAAACCUAUUAAACUGAACUUUUCUGUUUGAAUUAUAAAUCAAAGUCAGCAUGAGUCGUUUAAGGGGCGAAAUAACUAUUGAGGAAAUAGACGAUUGGUUUGCGAUAGGUGCCAAGUCCGUAAAGAACACAAAAUCGGUUCCCAGAACAGCAACAGGAGGAAGAUUUUUCAAUACAGAAACACAGAGUGCACGUGUUCCACAAGAAAAAGUCUAUGUUCCAUCAUAUAAUCAACCAAGUUACGAUGCUACAGCGUACGCAGAAGCUUACAAGAUUGAAGAAGAGCAGGACCUAUUUAAUAGCCAGUCACAAACCAAUAAUGAUUUUGUUGGACUUAGUGGUAAAAUGGAGCAUCUUGACCUUGAGUCCAUAGUAUCAGGAUCUGUUGCAGUGCCUGAUGAUUUAGUCCCAGAAAAUGCCACAGAUGUCUAUAACAGCUACAAUUUUGACCAUAGAUAUGAUCCGAAGCUACCAAUUACACAGUAUAGGGAUCAGGUGUUGGCCACAAUUGAAAGUAAUCAAGUGACAGUUAUUCAGGGUUCUACAGGAUCAGGAAAGACAACUCAGGUUCCACAGUAUAUACUGGAUCACUACGCUAGCAUGGGGAAAUACUGUAACAUUAUAGUCACCCAGCCUCGUAGAAUAGCUGCUAUGAGUAUUGCCAGAAGAGUUUGUAGUGAGAGGAACUGGGAUGUUGGAACCAUAUGUGGUUAUCAAGUUGGUAUGGACAGGACUGCUAAUGAAGAUACACGUCUACUGUAUGUGACAACUGGAGUUCUUCUACGUAAACUUAUCAAAACAAAGAAUAUGCUACAGUUUACACAUGUCAUACUGGAUGAGGUUCAUGAGCGUGAUCAAGAAACAGACUUCUCAUUGUUGAUUGUCAGAAAGUUAUUGAGAUCAAAUUCUCGUCAUGUCAAGGUUGUGAUGAUGUCUGCUACAUUUGAUUCUGACAUGUUUGGCCAGUACUUUGCAGUACCCAUCAGAGAUAGGUUAGAACCAGCACCUGUUGUCUGUGUUGAAGGAAAGGCUUAUAAUGUAUCAGAGUAUUAUGCUGAUGAUCUUACUCAGCUGGGAGAGAUACCCCCAUUAGAUGAAACAAGACCAGAGAUAUCAGAGCUAGCAUACAUUCUGGCUUGCAGACUGAUACAGGAGUUCGAUAAUCUGGACAUAAAAAAACAAGGAAUAGUUAAAGGAAAUAAAUUUGCUCCAUACAGGGGUACAGUCUUAGUGUUUUUACCUGGUUAUGCUGAAAUUGAGAAUAUGCAGAAACUACUAAAACAGGUCGAAGAUAUUCAUAAUCUUGUCAUAUACCCUCUGCAUUCCUCAAUUACUUUAGAGGAACAAUCUAGAGUAUUCAGAAUGCCGGAAGAAGGAGAAAGAAAGAUUAUUUUAUCUACAAACAUUGCAGAAAGUUCCAUCACAGUUCCUGAUAUUAAAUAUGUGAUUGACUUUUGUCUGACAAAGAGCUUAGUAAGUGAUCCAGAUACAAACUACACCAGUCUACAAUUGGAAUGGGCUUCUAGAGCUAACUGUACCCAGAGAAAAGGGCGAGCUGGUCGAGUGUCAGAUGGUAGAGUAUACAGAAUGAUAACAAGGUUCUUCUGGGAGACUUACAUACCAGAUUAUGGAAUACCAGAGAUGCAGAGAUGUCCUUUGGAGCAGUUGGUAUUACAAGUGAAGCUGCUGGAUCUUGGUCAGCCCAAGGCUAUAUUGGCUUUAGCUCUGACACCACCAAACCUUAAUGAUAUUGAGAAAACCAUACUUCUCUUGAAAGAGGUAGGUGCAUUAUCUGCUCCCUCUACAGGUGUUAAGAACCCAUAUGAUGGUCAGCUGACAUUUGUGGGGCGUGUCUUAGCAGAACUUCCUGUUGACAUACGAAUUGGUAAACUCUUGAUGUUAGGGCAUGUGUUUGGACUACUAGAAGAAUGCUUGAUCAUUGGUGCAGCUCUGUCUCUAAAGUCUUUGUUUUCCAAGCCAUUCAGGGAACAUCUGAAUUCCUUCAAACAUAAACUAGAUUGGUCACAUGGUUCACUCAGUGAUCAGCUGACUAUACUCAAUGCUUACCAGGAAUGGGAAAGACUGACCAACAUGAAUGGAUUUAGAUCUGGACAGAAUGAAAAUAAGUGGGGUAAAAUGCAUUACCUACAGGUCAGACGUCUCAGAGAGACAAGGGAGUUGAUAAAGGACCUUGAAAUGAGGCUGAAUAAUUUCAACAUACAGAAGCACAGGACAACUCCUAAUUAUAAGAAAAAGUACAAACCAGACCAGGAGAGACUAUUGCUAAAGCUGGUCAUGUGUGGAGCCUUUUAUCCUAAUUAUUUCUUAAAAGGAGAAAUAGAUGAAGAGGAUGCCGUUCGUAUGAUGUCUGGUCACGAUCCAUUGGAAACAGUCAUGGUUAAAGGUUUACCAGCUAACCAGGGUAGUUUGUACAAGCAAGCAUUGGAAGACCAGUUUAGAUCUAUUUCUCCUCACCCUACUGCUUAUUUUGAGGAAACCAGAGCUUACAUAAAAUUCCCAAGAAAGCAGGAAAACCGGCAGACAGUACAUCCUGGCGUUUAUCUUUCUGUGAAGCACAGACUUCUCAAUCAGAAGAUAGAAAUUACAUUAUAUUCUCCUGAGGAGGCAAGUGAAAAGAUGGAUGAAAUAAGGAAGCAACAAGAGAAUGCCAAAGGAAGACUCAGAAGUAAUAGGUUUACUGUAGGUGAUGUUGGUUGUUCAGAACAGAAAUUACAGAGGGAGCCACCACCUGCAGAAACUACUAUGGUUGUACUCCAUGUUACUGAGGUGGUUGAUUGUGGACAUUUUUGGGCACAGUAUGCUGAAGAGAAGACACAACAUGAUCUGUUUUGUGUACAGAAUGCCCUGAACAAUGAAAACGUUUUGCCACAAAUUAAGCCUGACCCAUAUCUACGUCGGGGAAUGUUCUGUGCAGCACCUUUUGAAGGAGAACUUUACAGAGCCAGAGUAGAAAGUGUGGAAAGAGAGAAGGAUGGCCGUAGUAACCAGUGGAUUGAAAUUGUAGAGGUUUUCUUUGUGGAUUAUGGGAACACUGAAAAGAUGAGAAAAGAAGCUUUGAGAGAAAUGUCAAGUGAAUUCUUAUCAAUUCCAUUCCAGGCUGUAGAAUGUAAGCUUUGUGAAAUCCGUCCUUCACCAAUUAAAUGUCCUGAUGGAACAUGGACAGUUGAAGCUAAGGAACAGUUUAAACAUCUAGUCAUAAACAAGAAUUUCAUUGGUCAGUUAUAUUCAAUUGUUGGAGGUAUAUUGAGACUUGAAUUAAUGGAGUCUCCAGACAGAGGAAUACAACUUUCUAUCAAUAAAGAACUUAUAAAGAAAGGAUUUGCAGAUGAAGCUGAGGAGACAUACUUAUCAAGACAAAAUCAUGAUCAGCGAGAAAUGGAAGCUAUUAGUAACUCUGUUGUAAGUCCUAGUAGACUUCUGCAAGAAGAGAAACCAACAUUUAAGGACAGACAGAGUGAUUGGUUCUCAGUAUCAUUAGGAAACAACCGGCCAGCAUCUUCUAAAGGAAGAAGGACAGUGAAGCAAAAGUUAAAUGGACCACACAAUCCUUAUGAAAUGAUGUUUAACAGUUUGACCAAUGUUGGAAGAUUAAGAUCUGUGAAGACUGACCCAGAUAGUGUGAACUCUGUUGCUAUUGACAAUGAACCUCAGGAUCGCUAUGACAGAUUAAUGGUAUCAGGGUUUGUAGGUCUGAAUCCUGCAGGAUCUACAAUGAUGGCUAGGGAUACUACAAUAAUGCCUGCCAUUUCUGGUCUGCCAUCUAUAAUAUCACUCUUGUUCUGUCCUGUAGCAGAAUUAAGGAGAGACAGAGAAAACAAAAGGUAUAUUGGUUGUAUUUGUGGACUUGGUGUGGACAGAGAUCAGAGACACUCACUAUUCCCUGAACAUGACAUGGAAAUCACAUUUGAUGUUGAAAUAGACAACAAAGACAUCUCACAGAUAAAUGGUGUAAGAUCAGCCAUAAACCUGGCUAUAGGUAAUGAAGAGAAGGUAUCAGCAUGGGGACCUGAUGCUAUCUAUAAAAUACAGGAAGCUGCAAGGAAAAAACUUUUGGAAGUUGUAUAUAAGAAAAGAGAGCGUGUUGAUCCUGUCAAUUACAACAACCCAUAUUCCUGGAAUCAGGUGGAUCCAGAUGAUUUGAUAGAGACGUCAUUAGAAGGAACCCCUGCUGAUGCCCCACAUCUCCUUAACCUACACAAAGCUCAAAUGUUGGAGGAAGAGGUCUAUGUGGAUAAAUCUAGUCCCGAAUAUUUGAAAGAACAUGCACAAUGGUUGAAAAAAGCUUCAAAAGACUUCACAAAGAGAGAACCUAUCACAUGUGAGAUCUGUGAAAUGACGUGGCACACACCACAGCUGUUAGCGAUACACAUAGAGACAGGGAGACAUCAAGAAAAAGUGGCGGCUUUGUAUCAAAAAGAAGAUUACUGAUCAAUAUUCCUAAGUUCUGUAAUGUACCAUGAUCAGAAAUCACUAUGGUGAUGUAAUAAGUACCAACAUUCCUGCUUUGCUUCAAUGAUUAUGUUCAGGUCAAGGUCUCAGUGACCUUGUAGAAGAGAUGAUCUUAUUUUGGAGUACAGAAUUGUUCAGAUUGUGAUAUAGAAACUUGUUGAAUUUAAAGGUUCUGUUGUGUGAAAGGAAUUGGUCAAUCAAUGAUGAAGCACCAAUAAUCUGUUGAAUAUUUUAAAUUCACUGUAGCAGAGGGGCUUUUUGUUUAACAUUAUUGUAAUGGAGGGAAAGAAAUAAAUUCUGUUGAGUUUUAAUUCAUAAGUAUAACUAUAUAGAGUUAUAGGAGCAAAAAUCAAUGUAUAAUUCAACAGAUUGCUGAAAACUACCGUUAAAGUUUUACUGAAUUCCUUUGCAGACGAUAUUGAGGUCUAAGAUAGUUGUUUGUUCAUAUUUUAAUAUGUUUAUAUUUUUUCUAUUUUUAUUACUCUAGUCAUAAACAAAGACAUCUGUAUAUAAUCUUAAUUCCAUACAUGAAGAUGUACGUUUAAUAAUUGAUGAUGAAUGUUUUAUAUAUUAGAAAAUACUCAUUUGUAUCAUUUUGAGGGAAGUUUUGAUAUAUGGGAUUGUCAAUUUUUCAUUUUCAUUGAUAUUCUGUUAAAGAAUUAUGAUUUCAACCAUGUGGGAAAUGAAUUAUCUUAUUUCUUUUUAUGUCAUUUUGAAAUUAUAGUUAAAUUUUGUCAGUUUUUUGUUUAAAUGCAUAUUUAGGAAAAUAUGUAUGGAUUGUUUUGUUAAAUGAUAACAUUGUUGAAAGAUAAAAAAUGUCAAAAAAGUA